ACCGGAAGUAGGUGGGAGACCGGAAGUGUGUACCGGGGCCGUGUAACGGUGAUGAGCGGGGAUAACGGCGGGCACGUGCACGUGGCGGCGGCGCGGAUCGGCAGCUCUUAAAGGGGCCGCGCACCUUUUAGAUCCCUUUGGCAUUCCCAGCCGGGACGUGGUGCUGAUCUCUCUCCGUAGGCCUCAGCGCAUCAUGGCCCGCGGGCGGUCCCGGAAGCGGUCCCGGAGCAGCAGCCGCAGCCCGUCCGGGAGCAGACGGGGGGAGCGAGGAGAGACGAGAACGGCGGCAUCACCGGGAGACAGGGCGAGCUCUAUGGCCGGCAGGGAAGGAAGGAAGAAAGAGAGAAAGAAGAAAAAGAAGAGGAAGGCAAGAGCUUCGUCCUCCAACAGUUCGUCCUCCUCAUCGUCUUCCUCCUCCACCUCCUCCUCCUCCUCCUCCAGUGAUAGUGACACCAGAGUGAAGCGACACGGCAAAAGGAAGGGGGGGAAACACAAAGAGAAGAGGAAGAAGAAGAAGAUAAGGAAGAAAUUGAAGAAGAAGUCGAAAGAUGUCAAGGAGGAGAGAGGUGUGGGUGAGGCACUGCCCGGCCCUUCGCUGGAGUUGUGGCAGAAGGAGCAGCAGGUGGAGCCUGGGCCAGUUUUGACAGAUGAGCAGAAGUCCCGGAUCCAGGCUAUGAAACCAAUGACAAAGGAGGAAUGGGACGCGAGGCAGAGUGUUAUCAGAAGAGUCGUGGAUCCUGAAACGGGGAGAACCAGGCUUAUUAAGGGAGAUGGAGAAGUGCUGGAGGAGAUCGUCAGCAAGGAGAGACACAAGGAGAUUAACAAGCAAGCUACCCGUGGGGAUGGGCUGACCUUCCAGGUGAGAACAGGGAUGCUGCAGUGAGCCUGUGCUGUAGCGGUGCCGUGGACCCGUCCUGCUGCGGGUACAGCCCUGGUGCACUGAUGAGCUGGACCUGCAGGCAGCACCACAUCAGUAUGCUUCCCUGGGGGCAGUGUCCUUCACUCUGUAAGUUACUGACUGGGAAGGAGACCUUAAUGGUUCAUCUGUUAAACCACUUCACUCCUCCCUCUUGUGACCGGGGCCAGCAUGGCUGUAACGCUGCUUGCCCUGGUGACCCUUUUAAGGCCUGAGGAGCUCAGCAGCACUGAGAUGCUGAUGCCUUAUCUGGGCUUUUGUUGGCAGGAGCUGGCACAGGGUCUGCAGCAGGGCUGCAAUACCUGCAGCUGUGUCUUCCCUUCAGGGGCUGCUCCAGCUGCCCCAUGCACUGAGAACCUGGGGGGCAGGAGUUUUGCUCACCCAUUGUGUGGAGAGGAGCCUUUGCCUUGCUCUCUUCCUGCCCUUUCCUGCAGCGCAGGCCCCACGCGGCAGCAAGGCUCUGAGCAGCUUGGUGCCCGUUCCCACAGCAGCCAUAAUACAAAUGGAUGUUGUUUUCCCCCACUGCAAAGGCUGCACAUCUACAAACUUUAAAAAAAGAAAAAAAAAGAAGCAGUGGUUGUAGGACAAAUGAGUGCUGCAGGACUGUUCUGCACACGUUUCCACUCUCUGUUUGUUGCUCUAACCCCCAUUAAAGUGAUGCCUGCUCACA